AUCCUGUGCAACGCAAUAGAAAAAGGAGAAGCACAUCUUUCCUGUCUACCACUGUUCAAGAAGAAGUCAUGUUUCAUUGUAGAGUCAAAGAUGUGUCCCAACAAAACAGGCUGUGAUUAAUCACUUGUUGAAUAUUACUAAGCAGCAAUAUCUUUUUACUAAACCUUUUCAGUGAAGUUCCAGCUCCAGUCCUUCACUUGGCAGUAUGAAUACAACAGACUGUAAUUGUGAUUACUCUGGGUUUGAAUAUGCUCAAGACUGCGAUUCGGCUGUGCUUGAGGGAUCCUCAGUCUUGCCAGUUAUUCUCUACCUGCUAUUCUGCAUUGGUCUGAUAGGCAAUGGCACAGUUCUGUGGCUUCUCACCCGGCACAUUAAAGUGAAGACGAUGACAGAUGUGUGCCUCCUCAACCUGGCCCUGUCUGACCUGAUAAUGACCCUGACCCUGCCCCUCUGGGCUUACACCUCCCAGAACCAUCUUUGGUCAAAUGGGCGGGUUCCAUGUAAGAUGAUGACAGGUGCUUAUCAGCUGGGGCUCUACAGUGGGACCUUGUUUGUGACCCUGAUGAGCGUGGACCGCUACCUGGCCAUCGUUCAUGCUGUGUCGGCCUUGAGAGCCCGCACUCUUCGUUACGGAACAGCAGCAAGCAUCAUUGUCUGGGUCAUAUCCAUCACCAUGGCAACUCCACAGGUGGUGUUUGCUGACAUGGUGACGGAGGAUGAUUCCCAGACAUGCCAACCAGUGUACCCGGACAACACACAGAACACCUGGAAGAUUCUGCGAAACUUCAGCGAGAACACAGUGGCGCUUUUCGUGGGCCUUCCCGUCAUGGCCUUCUGCUACCUUAAAAUCCUCCUUGUGCUGCAGAAGUCCAGGAACUCAAAAAAGAACAGAGCUGUCAAGCUGAUAUUCACCAUAGUGUGUGUGUUUGUCAUCUGCUGGGUGCCAUACAAUAUCACUGUUUUCGUUCAGACGCUGGAAAUCUAUGAGAUCAUAGACAACUGCGAGUCUUCCAAUAUGAUCAAAUCUGCCUUACACGUGUCUGAGAUCAUAGCGCUGGCUCACUGCUGUGUGAAUCCAGUCAUCUAUGCAUUUGUCGGGGAGAAAUUCAGGAUGUCACUUCGCAAAGUGCUGUCCAAAUACCUACGCUUGGAACACCUGAGUACUGCAAGCCUUGUCAGCCAGAGAGACACCACAGAUAAAGAGACUUCCAACACAGCUGUCAGAUCAGAAUAUUAGUGGUUCAUACAUUCAGGCUAUCUUCCUACUGCAUGGACAUGGAAACUUGUGGGCACAAAGUCUGGUCAACUAGAAUUUGAUGCAUUGUACUCCUGGAGGACUGCAGUGAGACAGAGAGAGAGAGAGAGAGAGAGAGAGAGAGAGAGAGAAAGGCUCACCUUUGCUUUUAGAAAGGGUUAGAUGUCAAUGUGGGCUGUAAGUAAGUAAGUAAGUGCGUGUGUGUGUGUGUGUGUGUGUGUGUGUGAAGUACUUAAAAAUGAUGUAAAAUAGCUCCUGCUUAAAUUCCGAGGUAAAGUCAGAGUGGUGAUUCAUUCUGAAAAUGUAAAUGUUUAUGAUAAACUCUGAGAUUGAAAGCACGUGUAAAUGCCAUUGCUGUUUUUUAAUGGAAUGUUUUUUGUUUUUUUUUUUCAUUUAUUUGUUCAUUUUUUUCAGUGACUAAAAAUGUUCUGUCAUCUUACUGUUUCCUGUAAACUAAAAUAA